UUGGUGUAUGCACUGGUGUGUUCAAGACUUCCUUAAAGUUUCUAGAUUAAUAUUAAAUCACAGUUUUCCUGUCUUGAUCUUGAUUCACAUAUUUAAAGGAGUGUAAGGUUGUAUUAACCUGAAAUGAUGACUUCCGGAAUUACUUUUGUUGUUUUAUUUGUUGCAUUUACUUUCUAUUUCAUAAAUGGUGAAAUUUGCGACGAAGAUGCUGCCAGUGAAUAUGUUUGUGAUAUGGGAUCCUGUUGUAAAAAGAAUGGUAUAUGGGAAUGUAUUUAUGGCGAAAAGGAUUCUUCUGAAUGUGAAGAAACUAGUAAGACAUCUGGUUGGCAAACAUGGCACACCAUUCUCACUGUAGUUGGUGGUCUAUCCUUCUUGAUGGCAAUUGUCGGCUGCUGUGUAAGAAUGAAUCGCUAUAGUAGAGCAGUACCAAGACGCGAUGACGAAGAACGGUUUGCUAACCAGGAAGUGCGCUCAUAAUAAAUCAACGGUAGAUGGUAGAACAAAUGAUAGAACAAUGGGCAAGCAAUGGUUGCCAAAACUUUUUGACAAAAAUCCCUUUGCCUCCAAAAAAAGUUUGUUCUAUCACAAUUUUGAAAGAAAAAAUCAGUUUUUAAUCAUGUUAUCUGAAAUGUGAAUAUUCAACGAUGAGUAAUAUUGUAUAUAUAUGUGAGAUGUUUUACUAAUAUAUUCCUUUGAGAAACCUCUACUUGAAGUCGAUUUUCUAAUUCAAUAAAAAGUCUAUGAACGUAAUUAAAUUUUUAUCAUAACUAAACUUUGAUGGAACACGUAGCAACAAACUUGUCUAAUUUGAAACUAAUUGUUAUAUACGCAUUUAUACUAAAUAAUAGUUUUAACUGAAAACAUAAACUUCAAAUGUAAAUUAAAGAGAUUUGAUUGGUUUAGAACGGUAAAGACUUUUAUCAAGUUAAAUGAAGCCGAUGUACUAUAGUAUUAUAAUUGAUUGACAUAUCUCUCUUUAUCAACGAAAAACAAUAUAAACAACAACAAAAAACAACACAAAAACAACUUGUUUAUAGGACUUAAAUGUCUCUUGCCGUCUUUAUCACCAUGUAUUUGGUAAAAUAUGAGCAAAUUCACAAAUGUCGUUGGAAAAUAUCAAUAUAUCUUAUUAGAACUUUGAGCUAUUGAACGAAAAUCAAAAAUCUCUUCCUUCGUAGAAGUAUUAACUUAUAAUUUAAACUAACUGACAGGAAACGAUAUUCAAACAUUAACUUUAAACUCGUUUGCACACCUAUAUAUGUACAGUUAUAAGAAGAACAUACUAUUUUUCCUCAUGUCUAUUGUUUCUCAAAAAUUUUCAUUUGUAAAGUGAUUGGUGUAUCAUUUUUAAUAUAGGGAAAGUGUUCUUUUUUUAUUUACUUUCUCCUGUUCAUUGACGCUUUGUUUUACCAUUACAGCAAUAAAUGAAAUCCUACGAA